GAGCACUUUAUGAGACAAGUCACCAUACUCAGGAAAGCCAGGAUUAGUUGGGGUUCUGGUAUUGAACUCAGAGAGGUAACAGAAGAGAUGUUACUCUAUGCUCGAUUUGGUUUCUCUGUAUCUAGACUGAGGAGGAUUGAUUGGAAUGUUGCUGUAUCUAAGGAUGCUCCUGCUGGUCUUACUGUUCAUCCUGGAUUGGCAUUGCCUAAAGGUGUAGAUCCUAUGGCUAAGUAUAGUGGAUUUCUCCAAUAUUCUAAGCAGGUUGGAAGAAUUAUGAAGUUUGUGUUGUUGCACUGGGCUAGGACCUACCCGGGAGAAAUUACUAGUUUUCUGAAGAAUGUCAAGAGUAAUCAAUUCUUCCGGAGGUUCUAUCAAAAUUGUUAUGAUGCGAUUAGAUUCCUGUAUCGGAGAAUAUUCAAUAUUCAUGCAAUGCGGGUGUGCAUUGUUGAAGAGAAGUUGACCGGUGAUCUGCUGGAGCAACUGAAAGUUGCCAAAGCAGAGAAAGCUGUUGCUGUAGAAGAGAUGAAGAUCCGGGAUGAAAGGGUUGCAUAUCUGCAAAUGAUGGUUGAUUCUCAGGAUUCUGUCGAACGUGCAAGAUGGAGGGAGUAUUAUCCUGAGCUUCCUAGUCAAGCUAGAAAGAGGGAGCGAAAGAGAGCAAGGUCUCAAUCACGAGGUCGGUCACAAUCUAGGGGUAGGGGUAAGUUUCGCAGGAUUGAUCCUGGUUCGACUCCAUCUUCAGUUGUCAGUAAUGAACCUGUUGUGGAUGAACCUGCUGUAAUUGCAGAUCCAGCACCUGUUGUGGAUCUUGCUCCUAUUGGUUGUUCUGCUCCUAUUGUGGAUCCCUUUGCAUCUGAGUCUGAGGUUGAAGAUAGUGAUAAGAAUGAAGUGACUGGAGCUGCUGAAAUCAAGUCUGGAGAUAGUACUAGUGAUCCUAAGCCUGAUAUGGGUUUAGAUACUGAGAAUGGAUCAGUUAUGAUGGAGGUUGUGGAAGUGGAUGAAGAGAUGUUCUUGGAGGAUUUUACUCUUCCAAUACCUAAAGCUAGAAAAAUCGUCCCAGAUAAGAGGAAGUCAAAGGGAAGAAAGAAGAAACCUGUUAAGGUAUUGACAGACGCUCAGAAGUUAGCUGCUUCUGUGGAGACUGAGACUAGGAGCAGAGAGGAAGAUGUCGACAUGGAGUUAGAGUUUUCAGAGUUUCUUUGAUUUUUUAGAUUUUUUUUGUUUUCUCUUUUCAGCAAUGUUGAUUAAAGUUUUAUUUGUUUGGUUGUUCCAGAUCUUAUGAUUACAAUUACUAAUAGGUUUGGGAUCUGAUUAAGACCAAAUAGUUCUGAAUAUGUUGGUUUUUCUGCCAAGAUUAUUUAAAACCUGUUGUAAGUUAUCUUUUGUUUUAUAGAAAUAAAUUAUGUUCAGUGAUUUUAGUAUAUUAUUUGUCGUUAUCGUGGUCGUGAGAUACAAUAGACAUGGUACCAACUCUUGGUGUUUUUUUACUGUAGACGAAAUUUUUCCUCCCGGGGGAGUGUUUCGUGAGUUUUGGCUCACUCUGUAUAUUUUAUAAGAUUCAAAUUUCGUCUUCAAGUUUGUUGUAUAAUUUAAAUUUCCCGCGCCGGUAUUGAAGUUGUACUCUGUAUCAGCCCGGUAUAGAAAUUUCAAUUCCAGGAAUCCACACAGCUUCAGUCCCGGUUAAGCAUUCAAAGUAAAGGAUAAAAGAGGAAUUUGUUAUCCUUUUAAAAACGCUGAUUCAAGAUAUAUUCACUCUUUUGCGAGAUUCAAGGGAAAUAUAAGAUCGAACCUUUACAAUCUACUCUGGGUUGCAGAAAAGAUGCGGUGAACCUGAUAUCCAGUAUUACAGAGAGCUUGUCCUAUCUAUCUAUUCAAUACAGAGUGGUUACGAUCAAACCUAUAGCUUCUCAUGCAAUGAGUGAAAGAUGCAAUCUGAUGAUAGUGGAAAGUAUUCUAAAGAAGAUGGUUCCACGUGGAAAAGACACCUAGUGCACAAAGAAUAGUU